UAUUCUUCUAAUUUACUAAUUAAUUUAUAAUUUAAUUUUAGAACUUUCACGAUAAUAACGCAUAAAUGCACUUACUGUUUAUUUUAUGAGUGAAACACAUUACAAAGUAGUCGAAAAUAGUAACAAGGAUUUAGCUUCAUUUAGAGCCGAGUGCCAAAAUGGACGAGGCAAUGGAAACAUCAGAUUUGAGUUUUCCUCAAACAUCACAGCCAAUUACUGAUAACCCAACUAUAGAAGGCACAGCACCAGUCACUGUUGGUCCACAAAGUGGCAAACACGAGGAGUUUUCAGUUGAAAAAGUUUUAGACAGAAGAAUUAAAAAUGGAAAAGUUGAAUAUUUAUUGAAAUGGAAAGGUUACUCAAAUGAAGACAAUACAUGGGAACCAGAAGAUAAUCUUGACUGCCCUGAACUGAUUUCUGCAUAUGAGGAAGCUCGAUUAAAGCGGGAAAGGGAAGCUGCUGCCCCUGUAGUUGUAGAAACUCCGCCAGAAGAAAAUCAGAGUGUUCGCGAACGAACAAACAAACGAGGCCGGCGAAAUGAGAAAAAAUCUAAAAAGUUUGAAGAAAUUGAAAAACCUAGGGGGCUGGAUAGAGGCCUUGUCCCAGAGAGGAUCUUUGCUGCUCAACUGCACCAUGAAGUUCUAUAUUUUCUGGUAAAAUGGCAAGACUGUUUAGAGUUGGACGUAGUUCCAGGUAAAGAUUUAAGCCGGGCGUUUCCUGAAUUCGUCAUCGCAUAUUACGAGAGUUGUGCGCCGUUUUCUGUUCGACAUAAAGUAGGAAGAAUUCCAAGGCUGGCGCCAGAGCUUCCUUUGGAUCCUUCCUCCCAAGAGAGCGAAACACCAAUGAAUGUUUCUCAAAGCGAAGACAACGCUAUUUCAACGAGUCCGUCACGAGCUGAUAAUCCACAAGAGCCACUGCCAACGCCUGAUGCGGAGACUCAUGCAAUGGAAGUUCCUGUGAAUUGACAAUUGUUUUACAACACUGGUAUCAGUGACUAUUAAUAUUUAUAUAGUUUACCGUAGGUUAUCUUAUAAAAGUACAUUUAAAAAAACGACUAUAUCUGAUAUAUUUUUUCUAUGUAUUAAUAAACGAGUAAUUCAAUGAAAUUUAUUAAAAAAAAAAUCAAUAAAUGUUAUGUAUGUGUAAUAUGAGAAAUUAAUUAAUAUGACGGAUUAAUUUAAAUUGUCCCAAUAUUGGAUCAGUAUUGUCAAGAAAAUAAUCACACUAAUCACUAUAGGCAGCCUAUCUUCCACAAGCAUAAUAGACAACACUUUUUCUUACUCUGUACAAAAAGUGUUGACAUAGAAUAGAGCCCGCUCCGUCCCGACCACACUUUUACACACAAACACAACACCGUCCUCGCCGGCGAAGACGACGACUUCAAACACACAAUUUUGCGCAUUCAAUCGGGCGCCUGCGCGCGCCCGGGUGCUUCACACCGAUCGAUCCCCCGUCCAAUUCAAACGGGGAUCGAUAUUACGACGGCCUGAGCCGAGGUUUGUACCGUAUAUCGUAGUGGUGCCCUCAAACUAAAGUCGUAUCCGUCAGGCAGGAGUUGACCUUCCGCAGCUCCAUAUGUCCUUCCGCGGGUUUGGAGUGCCAUCUGCACUCGCCCCAUAACGUCCGGUGAAGCUGUAAAGGCCAGCUGCGGCGAACAGCAUUAGAGUAGUCCGAAAAAAAAUAGAAUAGAGAAUAGACAAUCUAUUCUAUACUGCGUGACGUAAUGUCUAUGCCGUCAUGGUACUGUGAAAUCACUGUUCAAUUGUUACUCAAAUGAGUAAUCGUGUAAUAAUUGUAAUAUGUUCUAUGGAGAAAUUUAUAUAUUCUAUAGAAUGUGUAUCUAAGUAGUAGUAUAGUAAACAGUAUAUUAUGUAGAUACGAUGAGUUUACAUCAGACGACCUUCGUGGUCUAGAGGUUCAACACACCGCCUUACUUCCGAUGGUCGCGGGUUCGAUUCCUCGCAUUGCACAAACAUUUUAUAUACAUGAGGAUUGUUUGUGUCGUUCUGGGUGUUCUGUAUGUAUUUACGAAAAAAAAAUCUAUGUAUUUGUAUCAGUUAUCUAGUACCCAUAUCACAAGCUUUAGUUUCAUUUGGGUUUAGAGGGCUCUAGACCCAAAUUAAACUAAAGCUUGUGAUAUGGC